AGAACAUAAAAAGCAUGUUUCCGUUUUCUCAUGUCCGAGUCUCCACAUUCUCUCUGACACAAAUGUAGAAACCUCCUUAAUUUUCCACACAGGGAAGUCACUGCUCCUCUUGCUUUUUUCAAAAAUGGAAACUACAUCUUUACUACUUCACUCAAAAUCUAUCCCAUUUGGUUUCGGUCUCUCAAAUAACUGCAACGCCUAUAGCAAGAAGAAAGUCUCUCUUAGACAUUUCAACGAACACCUUCAAUCACAAAGAAGCAAUCCCAACUUUUUCUCCUAUCGGAUCCAUAAGCCCGUCAAAAUCCCAUUGGAACCUACAUUUCUGCUUCACCAAUCACCAACACCACUAAGGUUAACGAACACCAAUUUCCUUUCUUCUGUCAAAUGCUCGAUUUCCAGCUCUACCAGCACAGAAACUGCCGGAAACCAUUCACGGCUGAAUUCUCUGAUAAACCUCUCUAUUAAAGCUAAAGCAACCCUUUUGCAACUAACUCCUAUUGAUAUCAUCAAGUGGUCUGCUGUCUUCUCAAUUGUUAUUGCAGCUACCAAGUGGACUGUGAAUUUGUUCUUAAAUCCCUUUUUUUGGAUGUAUUUUAGCUGGACUUGGUUGUUUUGGCCCUGGCUUGUGGCUAUAUCAUUAGCAGUUUAUGGGUUUUAUUGUUUUUAUAAGUAUUCAUUAGGUGAAGCGAGGAUUUUUGAGCAACUUGCCCUUGUUACUUCAAUAUUUACUUGGUUAACUCUUGUCCCUCCUGCCCAUUUCAAUGGCUACCUUGAAGGAUGGCCUUUUGUGUUUUUCUUCGUCUACCAUUAUUUCUUUUUCUUCAAUGUUAGUGUUAGGAAACGUUUAUAUGGAGAUUAUUAUGCACGUCCACACGAUUCCAAGUGGGAUGUGAGCCCACCCAAAUGGUCUCGCCUUUUUUUCUGUGUUGGGGUUAUGGUUGCUCACUGGCUUGCAGCAUUUGAAGGGCCAGAGCUGCAUCUUGUUCCUGGUGGGUGGAGCAAUGCAGGGAUUUGGAUUUUGAUACUGCUAACUUUGCUUAUGCAGUAUAACUCAACGCUUUACCUGGCUAAGUAUUCAGAGAAGGUGGUGGUGCCUACUGCUGUUGUGCAAUUUGGACCAUAUAGGUGGGUCCGGCACCCAAUAUAUUCAUCCACAAUGCUUCUGUUUGCAACUUAUUUUAUUGCGCUUCGUGCACCUUUGAGCUUGUUAUUUGUGAUAGCAGUAUGUUUGAUAUAUUAUGCCCAAAAGGCAAAAAUGGAGGAGGCUCUAAUGAUAGAGAAUUUUCGGGAGAGUUAUUUGGAGUAUAUGAGCAAAGUCCAGUACAAGUUCAUUCCUUUAGUUUACUAAGGCAACCUCCAGGUAUGCCAUUGUUUAUGCAACCUGUUUUACAAGGAGUUGAAUUUAAAACUAGAAAAGUAAAUGUUCAAUUAAAUACUGUACAAUUUAUGCAUUAUCCUUAUUUAUGUCUUUUGACUGGUUUUGUUUCUCUUUCCUUAAACAUUUGAAUUCACAUAGUUGAUUUGUUCCUAUGUUCGAUAUUAA